AUGGGUAGCCCGUCAUCACAGAUGCUUUUGUCUUUUGGGCGAACUGCCCCAGGAAUCACUUUCAGACGACAAACAGUACGGUUGUUGUGCUCUUCCUCCGUCGAACCAAGCCAUUCGUCGGCGGAUCCGUCGCCUACGCAAUUAUUACGAUGUCUUCUCACGAGUUCGAAUCAACACAACAGCGAAGCGCAUCUUCAUUCGGCUCGUCGGAAGGAGAUUCUGAGCUUGAUUGAUUCUCAAUGGGUCUCAGGGAGUCCACACCCCGCAUUGUGGGAUUCUCUUAAAGGCGUCCAUCCCACGAACCGCAAAGAGGAAGCGAUGAGACUUUACUCAGUCAAUAAUCUAUCAACCCUGCGAGAAAUCUCCGAGAGAUUACUGGUGGAUGAUUAUGGUGCCAAGCUGUUCCACAAACACCUUGAAGCUUCUAAAGUCAUGCAACGUUGCGAGGAGCAUAGCUCAUACUCAGAGCUUGUCUCCUUUUUCAGCGACGUCCAUGUCCGUCUAGCCCGUCUUGAACUUCCUCAACUAAGAACCACGCUGGGCCUCAAGUACGCAGCUCUUGAUCUGGCCAUGCCAGCUUUCCAAGAAUUUCUUCGUAUUCGCCAGAGUCUGAAUGGGCCUCCAUUAAAAUUUCCCAGCAGUGCUUCUGUCAUUCAUGCCCUACACGAGUCAACUGAGUCAGUACUGUUCGCCAGGCCUGACUAUGACACAGCGUUCAUCCUUUCAACACUCACUUCAGAAGGAGAUUACAGCCUUUCUAAGGGAAUAAAUUUCCACGAGAUUCUACAUGCGUCACCUGAUGGUGACUGGAGCACUUGGUCAGCGUACCUUUGUUUACUUGCCAAACUCCACAGCCGGGAUGCGUUGUGCAGCUCUUGGAGACAAUACUUGUCUAUAUACACGAAAGAUAGUGAAAAUUCGUGCCAUCACGCAUAUGACUUAAUCGUCGCGUUGGUAAGAGCUAGGCGCUCUGAGGAAGCCGCACUCUUUCUGGAGCAAAUUGCCCAGAGGAGUGAGGACAACCUGCCCUUUUUCUCCACGUUUGCAGAUGUCCAGGUUCUUCUUGGCGACCCUAUCGUCAGUGAGGCGAUCCCUGACCUGAUCCAAGGCCGCGAAUACGAGGGGCUUCUGGAAACUUAUCUUGAGGAUGUGGAGUCGCGACUCGGAAUCACAUGGAAGCACGUCGAGCAGCAAAGCGAGGUUAAAGUCCACGUUAGUGUCGCGCCUGACUCACCUUGGACAGUCUUCCGAGACCAACCCCUUUUCACUAUCGAUGGCGAAAGUGCCGGGUAUGAACAUUGGGCUCGAAUUUGGUCUGUUAUCCAGAGCCUCGGUUGUUCCAAGUCUUUGAAUGACCUUGAAAAGAUCGUCGACGUGCUGAAUGAACAAGACGGCUGUCCCCAGCAGGUUGUCGUCCAGCCUUCCAGUUCGACAAUGCACAAUACGUUGAAACCCAUCCCCGCAUCCACUGAGUUUCAGUGGAAUCCUGAGCAGGCGCCUCUGGAGAUCUCGGAAAGGCCAUUUCCAAGCUUCUCAGAUCGACCACCGGCAUCCACUCCCGCCCUAUUUGGUCUUCUGCGUGCUCGCGCGGUGGUCAAAGGUGUGCCUCAAGAUAACAACAAGUGCCUUCAUCUACUGCAAUUGGGGAGCUUGUAUAUGCGUGCCGACCAGCAAAGCCCUUGGCAGCAGUCAGGAUACAUCGUUGCUUGGGAUCGACAACUUGGCGGCAUGAUCGCCUUGUAUGUGGGGCGAGCGUUUGGAGUCGUCGAUCGGGGCCAGACGCCAUUGAGCGCACCCUUGGGAUCGAUCCUGCAUAUCGAGCCGGCGCAUGCACCGAGUCGCAAGCAACGUUGUUCUGGACGGCAGUCACGGAUUUCCGACUAUGCUAGUUCGUAUUACUUGGACCUGGAUUCCAGUCCCAAUCUGGAAUAUCAGAAAAAGAUGUAG